AUGAAUCAGUACACCAAAUUGAUGGUACUGAUGGUGAUCCUGUUCAGCAGUGUGCUAUGCUGCGAGUCGGCGAUCAGCGGAGACCGGUUAGUGUUCCACGUGCCGAUCAAUUACAAGAACGUGCACAUGACGAAGACGCGCAUCAAACCGGUGCAUCACCGUACGUACCAGAAGACGGAUUUCAAGGUGCUCGGUUAUAGUGCGGACAAACCGUACGGUUCCUUUGUGCGUCAGUUGACACUGGUGCUACUAUUAACGGCCGUUCUUGCCUCUGGAAGUCGAGCAUCAAAGUCCAAAAAGCAUAAUGUUCUGUCCAGCUCAUCUACUGGAGGCCGAUGGCAAUCGCGAGCAUUAUUAGAGGGAGCGUCCAGUCGCUCUGGCGAGUUGCAGAUGCCCCACGUUAAGCCGGCACCAUUCUCAAAGCCCUCGCAUGCUGCUUUAGGGCACGGUAGCUCCACGAAGCGAGCAUACUAUCUACCGACGGUUACUAAUUUCGAGAACAAACUGCACCACUUUAUCAACAACCUAAAGACGGGCAUUGGAUCUUCAAAACUGGCUCAUGCCGUGAACGGAGUGACUUCAUCGCUCCAGCAACAGUUGACAAGUCCUGGCGCAGCGGGAGCGAUAGCGAAUCUGCUACCCCGACCAUCGGCACUGCACAGUGCGGCCGGAUACUACGGAGUGGCCAACGAGCUACGGUAUGGGCAACCGUUCGUGAGCAAGCAGACGACUGGAAGCCACUUCAAGACGGCACCAGCAACGUUUGGCAAGGGUGGCAAACGUGGACGCCAUUCAGCGACGGCGUCUCCUCCUGGCAAAUAUGACUCGCUAAUGUCGGAUCUAGGAAUUUCGGGCUACAAACACUUUGAAAACUCCGUUAUUCGGGAUCUGGAAAGACGCGAAGAGCUCAAGGUAGAAGCCACCAUCCAUACACUGUUCCCUGAAGAUGAUGGUUGGCGGCCGAUCGCCUCGAACCGGAAACCGGUCAGUGUCAAGGCACCGGUACCGGAACACUCAGAACCGAAAGGUGUGACAGUUGCUCCAGAAAAGUCCCGACCCACGGCAUUGUCUAGUGUGCGACCCUCGAAGGGGAAGCUGACUAGCGUUGGUUCGUCCACUGCUCCGAAGCCUACGGUGCAUCUCGGACAGAAAACCCGCUCGAAGGGAACGGCUCCGAUGGGAAAGGAUAAGCGUACGAAGGAUCGGAGCAAGUGCUGGAACUGCGUUGGUUCUACCUCAUCCAGCGCGCCAGGACAUGGCAGUUCGUCGACUGUGAAGAUUCCGGUAGCGUUCAAAAAUGCAUCCACAGCACACCGGCAUGGGCCAGCAUAUGAUGCUAGCAUGUUCUACGGAUCCGAUGGUAGACCACCGGCGGCGGUUGGUGGUAGUGCGGCGCAGUCUUACAGCAACAUCGAGGUACACUACAACCGUACGCUCGCACCACCAUUCGCCGCGAGUCCCUGGACGCAACCACUAGGCCCGGGACUGCUGGAGCUCAGCACACAGCCAGCCCCUCCCGUAACGACUUUCUCCGUGCUGCCCGAGACGGUAGCCGUGACCAAUGUUCCCGUUGUCUACGGUAACAGCAUUAAGAAGAGCUUCUCCAAGCACGUGAAACCUUACGGGCCACCAGCGUCCUACGUAGGUCACCCGGCCGACACACCGGCCACAUCUUCGACCACCACUCACAACCCGACUGGUGCCUCGCAAGGGACGAAAGCUACGACCAAGAAACGUCCUGCCCACAAGCAGGAUUCCCAUGGCUUAGGUGCCGGGCACCUGCGAAGGCCCCUGCCGACAGGGAAGGCUAGCGACAUCUCCGGUUCGGCUUCCAGCAAACACGAACAGCGGGUAAAGAAGAAGUUCGACCCCAAAUACAGCCGGAACCGGGGCUCGAUCAAGUUCAAAGACGCACUGAAGCAGAAUCCCGAUCAACUUUAUCGGUAA